AUGACCUUGACAUUGAUUGAAGCUUGCAUGAUGGCGGCGCCUUCGAAGAGGCGCGAAGUGGAAUGCUGUGAAUCUUCAGAAGCAGUUCCACUGAGUUCGCCUAAAACCUUGUUGACUCUGACUACAAAAAUUGUUGCCAAAAAUUAUACUUGCAAGGAAUUGCUGGCUGAUGGACUGGUGUUAGAUGAGAUAUUGUUGAAAAAUAUUGCCAAAGAAGCAUUUCCAUGUGAUGAGAAGGUAUUUGAAUUGUAUGCAAAGCUGGCCACAGAUGAAAAUACAGUUGCUAAAGACAGAGGUAUUGGAGAAUUGGAGUUCCCUGAUUUAACAGACAAUACCUGGAGUGGUGCCCAAAGGAUAUUGAGUAAAAAGGAAACUUUUAUAAGAGAAGCAAUUCAAGUGGGGUUCUUGUAUACAGCUGUGGUCAUAUCUGUGGAUUCAUUGCAAGUGCCAGAGGUUUCCUUUCCAUUUUUGCCUGUCAGAACAGAAAGCUGUGUGAAAAGAAGCCGAGUGUCUAUCAACUUUGAAAAGCAGACGGUUGUUUCUGUAAAUUGUAGUGCUUGUCGCUUGGUAUGGUGUCGUCAUGUUAUAGCAGCCAUAUUGUUUCGCAUUCGCUUUCCUGAGAAGGUACAGUGUCAUGCACCUCUGACUGAGACCUUACUGAAUCUGAACAGACAACAGCUUCAGAAAGUGAUACAGUACACAGUACAGUCAGAUCCAGCGUCUACACUUUUUAAAGUGUUUCAGCAUAUGGAUGAAAUGUAUGAAUCCACAUCUGAGAUAAACCAAACAUGCGGGGCUCCUGACCCCACCUUUGUACCCCAAUUAGAGGGUGACAUAUUGACUCUGCAGACGCUAGAAAAACUGAAAAGAAAUGUUAUUUCCAAGCUGAAGGUGUCCGCUGGGCUUUGGAAAUACAGAUUGCUUCCUGAGAGCAUGGCUGCUAGAUACGAUCCAGAAUGCCUCCUGCUGAGUGACUUGAAGGAACAUAUUCACCAAGUAGAAGACCUAUUGAAAACUGGAGCAACAUUAUUAGCAACUAAACUGCUCAUUCUCCUCACAGAGGCGGUGUUUGAAGUGGCUGAAGACCCUUCAGUUACAGAGAACAAACUGCUAGUACAUUUAUGCUACAAGAUGGAAGAGCUGUUUUCUGUAGCAGUUAUGCUCCCAAACAAUGAGCAAAAGCAUGAUCUUCUAAUUGCUGCAAAAGAAUUUAGGAGGCGUGGGAAGAAUGUUCCAAUCUUAAAGAUAAGAAGAAUGGACUGGAAUCAGGUUCCUGGUUUGGACAUUCCUGUGGCAUUGGCACAAGAAGAGCCAUCAUUACUGUUUACUGAUGCUCUACAGGCUGCAACGCUGAACUGGGAUGUCAAAGGUCUCCAAGAUGUUUUGGAUGGAAAGGCUAGUUACAGAGACACGGUCUAUGAAGAGCCUAUCCCUGUUGUGAUGUUAAGGAUAAAGACUUUGUUUCUGAUUGGUUCUACUGACCAGGCUGAGAGGCUAUCUCAAAUGGGGAUACAAAUGCUUUUGGAGAUCUCAAACGAGGUACAUUAUUCCAUUAUCCCAACGGACUCUCAGCAAAAUUUCAUACAGCCCCAAAACACUGAUGUGAAACGAGUGACAAGAUCUAUGAUGAAGAAUGCUGCAUCAGGGAAAAGGACAAAAGCAAGAUUGACUGUCACCAAAAAUAAAAGAAAAUCUUACAAACAGGGGAGUAUGCUCUCAUCUUCUCUGGGUCCAAUGCAGAUUGUACCUUGCCUUCUUAAUCUCUGUGAGGGUAUUAAAGAACUUGCCCUUGAACAUGAGACAGAGCAGAGCAGUUGGUUUCUCAUUUGCCAUGCCUUUUUGAGAGUAUUAGAUCUUGCACGCUACAUGACCAGAAUAAUUAGCAGCUUUAGCUAUGGCAGAAGCAUACAUAUGCAGAAGUUGGAUAACUUCCUUCUCUGGAACUGCCCUGUGAUGGCAGAAAUUGCAGCAAAGGCCACUGACAGCAUUCUGUCUUGUGACAUGAGGUGCUGGACCCCUGUUUGUCCACUGUAUCUGGUACAGUUCCUGGUGGAAGUUGCAAAGGAAAAUCCUCAAAAUUAUCUCACAGACGUAGAAGAAAGGAGAUUGAAGGUGGUCCAACUAUGCCAACAGGUGUUGUGCUAUGACAACCUCCUAGAAAAGCAAGGGAGCAGGGAUGAAGAAAGCAUUUUGGACAUGAUUGCCCAUGCAUUUAGAGAUGGAUUGAGAGUACAUCAGAAAAGAGAGCAAGAGUGGCUUAAAGAAGUGAGUUUGUGGUAA